CAAGGUCAAUCAAGAGGUGUACCACUCUGCAGUAAACCAACAUUACUUAAAAGGUCCCAGAUGUCCCAAAGUUCUGGAAAGUCAUCCUUCAAGAAGGAUAGGAAGUACAGAUACAGAGGAGUUCGCAUACGUCCAUCUGGUCGUUUUAGUGCACAGAUCAAAGGCCCUAUGAACAAACGCAGACUUUGGCUGGGAACAUAUGACACUCCUGAACUAGCUGCUUCUGCCUAUGAUUUCGCUGCAAGAACUUUGAGAGGAACAAAAGCCAGAACCAAUUUCUUCAACCUCAUUUUCGAUUCAUGCAAUCUUACACCAUCUGCUGCACCAACAUUGAGUGGCACUACAGAUUUCAAUCCCCCAGUUUUGCCCAGGCCUUCAAAUCUCAAUUACCCAUCGUCCAGUUCCUUAUUCAACAAACCCUUUCAGAAGCAGGACCAUAAGUUUUUUCAUUUUGGAGGUUCCUCAAGCAAGCUUUCCAGCCCCUGGGACAAAUUUGGGGCAACAAAUCAGGACAUAUCUGCAUCUGGGCAUGCAGUAUCUACUAAUGAUUUCACCCUUCAAUGUCCAAUUCCAUACACCCAAUCCUUCCAACUCCCUUCAUCACCCUCCACUCUUACCCUGAAAAAGCCCCUGCAGCCUUUCUUGAACAAAACCACCAGUGCAGUCCCACAUACCAUCUCCACUAAUGAUUUCACCCUUCCAUACACCCAAUCCUUCCAAGUCCCUUCAUCACACAUCCCUUUUACCCUGAACAAGCCCCUGCAGCCUUUCUUAAACAAAACCACCAGUGCAGUCCCACAGACCAUCUCCACCACAACAUCCUUGUCAAAUCCAGUGUUUCCAUUACACCACAGUUUUCGUGCUUCUACACCUCAAUCUCAGCAAUGCAGCGCAGUCAUGCCAUCAAAUCCAUUCAGUUCUAAUGCUCCUGACUGUUCCUAUUAUGCUUCAGGAAUGUUGGAGAAUAUAAGUAACCAGUUUACCCUCCCUCCAAUCCCAACUUCUGAAUCCUCAUCGAAUACUUGCAGCUCUGCCUGUAAUAUUUACAACACCUUGGAUUAUGGCUUUGGCAUUCCAAAAGAACCCAAUUCACCUAUUAUUCACAGUACAACUGGUUUAUUCAAUCUGGAUCUCCAAAAGGGCUUCUCUGUGAAUCAAAACGAGCAACAAUGUACCGAGGAAUAUGACAUAGAAAAGGAGUUGAGCAGCAUCCAAUUGGCAGGUUUAUGUGAUUCUCAGUUGUAUGAUGAGAUGCCACCUAGUGCAGAGUCUCUGUUUGAGGACAUUCCAGAUGUGACCACAUUGCCUGUGUUGGAUAAUCAUAACAUAUGGGAUUGAAAAGUAACACAAUCUGUAAAUGCAGGAAUAAGUAGACAUACAAGCUAUGUCUAAAACGUCUUCAAUCAAAGAUAGCUAGUUUAAAAUAAUGCCAUGUUUACAGAGGCGUAGUAGGGCGUAGUAGUUGGUCUGUACUAAUGAAAUAUCCUUGUCAUUUGGUUAAUAUAUAUGCAAUAAUUUCAGUUUAAUUCCUUUCGAGAAGAAAA